GGAAUAUACGGACGGAUCUUCUGCAAAGAUUAUUUAUAACCAUGAUUAUAACAGAAUUGAAUUGCCAGCAGGCAUUUUGCGAGAACCAUUUUUCAACGUAGAUCGACCACACUCUCUCAAUUGGGGAGCACUCGGUCCCAUGAUUGCUCGAGAAAUGUUACAAGCAGUCUUCGGAGAAGGUCAUUCGCAUGAUAACGUCGACUGGUGGAGCCGAUAUGUGGUGAGGACAUUCAAUUCGUUCGCCUUUUGUUUCUAUAUGCAAUAUAAAAACUAUACUGAAGAUGACUAUGGAUUAAACUUAAAAGUGAAAAGCAAUGAAACAAAAAUACAAAAUGUAUUUGACAAUGCUGGUUUGAAUUUGGCUUAUGAGGCAUAUAAGGAGUACAUAAGAAAUUCAAAAAAUAAAAUGUAUCCCUGGUUAAAAUAUACGCCGAAUCAGUUGUUCUGGAUAAGUGCAGCAAAUGUAAUGUGUGAGAAACAAACGGAAGAAUACCUCAAGCAACAGUUUCUCGGUCCCUAUGUGCCCCCGAAGUUUAGGGUCAUAGGAGCAAUGUCAAAUUCACUUCAGUUUUCCAGGGAUUUUAAUUGCCCUUUGAAUGCACCAAUGAAUCCGGAAGAGAAAUGCCGAAUUUUGUAGCGAGACAACUCAAGCUAUUGAAAACAUUACUAAUCACUUGCUCGUACGAUUCAUACAAUUAAACUACUAUUAAAUGUUUUGAACAAUUCUACAUUGUGAGUAAUUUCUUUGAUUUAAAUAAAAUGCUGA